CCAAGAUGGCCGCUGCCCCGGUCGGCGCGGCGGCCGCGAGACGGCCGUUGGUGGGCAUGCUCCCUGAGNGCCUCGCACCGGCAUGGCUGCCGCCUUCGCGCGAGUGACCGUGGUUCUCGGCUUCCGGUCCUAGCCAGUCAGCGCUCGUUUCCCCGCUGGAAGCUNGGCGGAGCCGGGGAGAGGUGCGGGGUGAACGUUGGGAGGGACCGGCGAGCCUCCGCUCCGGCUCCUCGCGGGGAAGAUGGCCGAGGGCGAGCGGCAGCCGCCGCCAGAUUCUUCAGAAGAGACCCCUUCAGCUACUCAGAACUUUAUCAUUCCAAAAAAGGAGAUCCACACAGUUCCAGAUAUGGGCAAAUGGAAGCGCUCUCAGGCAUAUGCUGACUACAUUGGCUUUAUCCUUACCCUCAAUGAAGGUGUGAAGGGCAAGAAGCUGACCUUCGACUACAAAGUCUCUGAGGCCAUCGAGAAGCUGGUGGCACUUCUUGAUACACUGGAUAGGUGGAUUGAUGAAACCCCGCCAGUGGACCAGCCUUCCCGAUUUGGGAACAAAGCCUACAGGACCUGGUAUGCCAAACUGGAUCAGGAAGCAGAAAACUUGGUGGCCACAGUGGUCCCCACCCACCUGGCUGCUGCUGUGCCUGAAGUGGCAGUUUACCUGAAGGAGGCGGUGGGGAACUCCACACGAAUUGACUAUGGCACAGGGCACGAGGCCGCCUUUGCUGCUUUCCUCUGCUGUCUCUGCAAGAUUGGGGUGCUCCGUGUGGACGACCAGGUGGCUAUUGUCUUCAAGGUGUUUGAUAGGUAUCUUGAGGUCAUGCGGAAGUUGCAGAAGACAUACAGGAUGGAGCCUGCAGGCAGCCAGGGCGUAUGGGGUCUGGAUGACUUCCAGUUCCUGCCCUUCAUCUGGGGCAGCUCACAGCUCAUAGACCACCCCCACCUGGAGCCCAGACAUUUCGUGGAUGAGAAGGCGGUGAGUGAGAACCACAAGGACUACAUGUUCCUCCAGUGCAUCCUGUUCAUCACUGAGAUGAAGACCGGCCCCUUUGCAGAACACUCCAACCAGCUGUGGAACAUCAGUGCUGUCCCCUCCUGGUCUAAAGUGAACCAGGGCCUCAUUCGCAUGUAUAAGGCAGAGGUGAGUGGGGUCUGGCCAACCUGCCUGCCCCAGGUGGCGCUUGGUGCUGGGAGUGAGCCCAGACUUCUGGCUCUUCAUCUCAGCCUGCUAGGACUCUUAGGCGCUGCUCAUGUCUAAAUAGCUUAGGGAUUGAAACAGCCUGUGUUGCUGGAGAGGUUAGGGGCU